AUGGCUUCUAACCGUAAUCCUUACGGAAAUUUAGAUGACGCUUUUGAAACUUAUAUUGACAUGGAUUUCUUGAGAAAUGAUAAAUUAAUGGAGGAUGAAACCAACAACAACAAUAGCAGAUUUUGGUUCGCUUAUGUGCUGGUUUCUACGUUCCUACAACAAAUUACCUCUUUGUUUUUAGAAGCAGUUGUUACCACACCUAAACAACAAAUGAUUCCCGCUCUAUUUCGACAUCCUGUUGUUUUACCUGAACUUUUUCCUUUAUUAAAAGAGGAUGAUAAUAAGUUAUUGUAUGUUAAUGUUUCCGAUAAUUAUGAUGAUAAUAUUCAACUAUUAAACAAUAACAUAGUGGUAGAAUCAAUUAAGGAAGCCUCAGUCCUUGAUUGGUUAUAUGAUUCAAUGUUGCAACAAGUAGUUGAACAAAGUCAGAUUGAAGCUAGGAUUAUGGAACUUAGUAGUGAUUGGGUUGGUGAUGAUUUGGAUGACAAUGUAUUGCCACUUUUGUUUUAG